AUGGACGGCAUCGACGCCAUGGGAUAUAAAACACCCACACCCAUCCAGCAACAGGCUAUUCCCGCUAUUCUGAAAGGGCAGGACAUCAUUGCCUGUGCACAGACCGGCACCGGUAAGACGGCUGCCUUUGUAUUGCCCCUGCUGGAUAAGAUCCUCCAGUCGGUACCCGGCAGUAUCAGCACCCUGAUCCUGGUGCCUACCCGGGAGCUGGCCGUACAGAUAGACCAGCAGAUAGAAGCCAUGAGCUACUAUAUUGAAGUCAGUUCAAUAGCAGUAUAUGGCGGUGGCACCGGGCAAAGCUGGAACCAGCAAAAACAGGCCCUUACAAAAGGAACCGAUAUUAUUAUCGCCACGCCGGGUCGCCUGAUUGCGCAGAUGCAAAUGGGCGGACUGGAUUUCAGCGGGCUUAAAUACCUGGUGCUGGAUGAGGCCGACCGUAUGCUGGAUAUGGGUUUUUAUGACGACCUGGUACGCAUCAUAUCUGCAUUGCCUAAGAACCGGCAAACACUGUGCUUCUCGGCAACGAUGCCACCUAAAAUAAGAUCGCUGACCAAGGAAAUUCUGAACAACAACCCGACACAGAUCAAUAUUGCCAUUUCAAGGCCAGCUGAAGGGAUCACGCAACUUGCUUACCUCGCUCAUGAUGAACAGAAGCUUUCCCUCAUACAAACCGUAUUAAAGGACGGCGAAUAUAAAAGUGUGAUUAUCUUCUCUUCCACCAAGGACAAGGUAAAAAGCCUGGAAAAGGAAUUGCGCAAAAACGGUGUUAAGGUAAAAGCAUUCCACUCCGACCUGGAACAACAGGAGCGCGAAGAGUUGAUGCUGGACUUUAAGAGCCGUAAAGUGCCGGUGCUGGUUGGUACAGAUGUACUGAGCCGUGGUAUUGAUGUGGAAGGGAUAGACCUUGUGGUCAACUACGACGUACCGCCGGAUCCGGAAGACUAUGUACACCGCAUCGGGCGUACUGCCCGGGCGGAGCGUAAGGGUACCGCUAUCACCUUCGUGAAUAGUAAGGACAUGCGUAAGUUUGGCUUUAUUGAAAAGCUGAUAGGACGUGAAAUUGAAAAGGUGGCAUUGCCUGAAGAGCUGGGCCCCGGCCCUGAAUACCGCGCAGAAGCCAGCCGUAGCCCAAGUAAGAAUGGUGCCCGUAAGAAUAAAUUUAAGCGCGGUGGCAGUGGCGGACCAGCCCAUGCUAAAAAAAGCAAGGACUAA